AAACCAUGGAGAAGAACCAACCAAUUUACAAAGAUCAAAGCUUUACAAACUGAAAAACAAGAAAAGUACAAAAUCUUCCUGGGAAAAUGGAAGAGCAAAGGCAAAGAUCAAAGCUUUCAGCUCCGACAUACCCCACAAUAACUCUACCACCACCAAGAGCCGCCGUUGACUAUGGUGGCCUGUUUCCGAACGGUUCAGGGCUGAGCCCAGGUCCCAUGACCCUGGUUUCAUCUUUUUUCUCGGACCCUGACUCUACAAACAGGUCCUUUUGUCAGCUCUUAGCAGGCGCCAUGGCUUCACCUGGGGCUAAACUGCCCUACAAUUCGAGGGAUUGUUCAUUUAUGGAAGUGGGGUUUGAAAAGAAUGGACCUUUGAAUUUUCCUGGUUUAAGCCCUUCUGGUUUCUUUUGCCUUUCUCCUCAGAGUCCGUUCGGGAUAUCGCACCAGCAAGCCUUGGCACAGGUCACGGCUCAAGCUGCGGUAGCACAAUCUCAACCGGAAUAUCGAACUUUAUCAGUACCAGCUCCAUGGGAACAAUCGAAUUCGAACCCUAGGCCCGGUAUUGGUACCGAAUCGGAGCAGCGUUCGGCCUCGGAUACUCGAAGUUCGGUGAUUGAAUACUCGGGAGCUUCUCAGUUGGAUAAAAAAGGUGUUGAUAAACCAGCUGAAGAUGGAUACAAUUGGCGUAAGUAUGGGCAGAAGCAUAUUAAAGGCUGCGAGUAUCCUCGGAGUUACUACAAGUGUACACAUCCGAAUUGCCGUGUCCGGAAGAUCGUCGAGCGAUCCGCCGAGGGCCAAAUAACCGAAAUCGUUUACAAAAGCGUACACAAUCACGAAAAGGCGAAUGGUGGAGGUGAUGGAAACACUAAUUCACAGGCUGCAACUGGAAAUUUGAACAACUUAAAUGAAGUUGUAAAUGCUGAUUCCAUACCUGGGAAUGAUCAUGAACCUACUCGAGCUGUGGAGUUGUCGGGACUAAGUGAUGGUGAGGAACGAUGUGAUGAAGAGAGUCGAGAAGAACGAGACAAUGACGAACCGAAUCAGAAAAGAAGGAAUACUGCAGGAGAAGCUGCAGUGGUGUUGUCACACAAGACGGCAACGGAAGCGAAACUUAUCGUGCAAACGAGAAGUGAAGUCGACCUUUUAGCCGACGGCUAUCGGUGGCGCAAAUACGGUCAGAAAGUUGUCAAAGGGAACCCCCAUCCAAGGAGCUACUACAAAUGCACGAGUGCAGGAUGCAACGUUCGGAAGCACGUGGAAAGAGCUUCGUCCGAUCCCAAGGCUGUUGUAACAACAUACGAGGGGAAACACAAUCACGACGUCCCAGCAGCGGCCAAAAAUAGCAGCCACAAUGCGGUUGGCAACGGUUUGCCUCGGCCGAAAUCACAACACGACGGCAUCUCUGAGAAGCCAGUAAGAGUGUAAUCUCUGCUACUAAAACAUAUUAACCGGUCGUUCGGCUGUCGAUCAUAGCCGAACAUCCGGUUAUGAAAUGAACAAUAUAUACUAAUUCUUAGGUUUGUUAAUGGUAAACAUGUAUAAUAAAGGUUAUUAAUUUGUGUUGAUUGAAUAUUAGUUUGAUUGACAUUGUUAUUAUAAUAAUACUAAGUGAAAUCCUAAAAGUUAUUUGUA